UAUAAAGCACUCCUCAUGUUUACUCCACCCUGUCUUCUAACAGGCUUGAACAAGUAAACACUGAGCUAUCAGCAAUUGCAGAAGAGAGAGGGUUGAACCAGCUCUGAAAUUUCAUUUUAACUGCAGCCACAACAGAAGAGUUUUCGCUGUUAAUGUCAAAAUUUGGAGUGCCUACGAGAAUGGGACUGAAAUUUGAUGUCAUCAUCUUCAUUUUCUGCUUGUACCUGAUCGGUCAGACAACAGUGGCUUCUCAAAGAAGUGGUAAAGACUCAAAAAAGAGGUUGGACCAAUGUCAUGGAUGGGAAAAGGAUCUACGGAACAACCUCAGUGCUCCAGGCAAUAUCACGGAUUUUCCUGAAAGCCUUACAGAAUCGAUCAGCACUCUGAGUCCAGGUUGCGUCAAAUCAUUCAACCUUACUGUUAGUCUUUCCAAUCUGAGGAAACUAAUGAAGGUCCUGAAUAAAGAAUACAAUAACCUAAUUCCUGGUACCAGGAAGCAGAUUUAUAAGUGGGUGGAAGCUAUUUACACAAAAUCAUCAGGACCAUAUGGAAUGAACACCAAUGAUAAAGGCCCAAAGGGUGAUCCAGGCAAAGAUAAAGAUCAAGGGAAGGGUAAGGAUAAGGGGAAGGGUAAAGGCCACUGGAUCACUCUCGAUGUUUUGAACAUACUUGGUCGUUUCAUUGUCCAAGCCCCCACAUCGACUUUCAAGAGUAUUGCACAAGGUGAACCAAGUGUGGUAUGUCAGCUUUUCAACUUUUCAUCCAACCUUUUAGACAAGCUGUUUGAUCUUACACCAGUACAAGCUCGCAUUCUCUUCAAAGGACUCAAUGCUUGCAAAGUUAACAUCAGUGAAGACACAGUAAUUGCCAAGCUUGGUCAACUAGCAUGCUUCUACCCUGUCGAUCAGCUGAAUUCAUUGAAUUAUGGAGCAGUAAUGGCUUUGCAGAACAAACUGCUCAGCUGCACAAGGAAGAUAAAGGAGAUCUAUCGGAGGCUUGUGGAGAAUGCUAAUGUCAAUCAAUGGUCUGCUGGGGAAAUAAAAGAAUGGGGAUCUUUAGUGGUCGGACUGAAAGUCAGUCAAAUGUCCAAUAUCUCCAAAAUGGCCAUUGCUGGUGCACUUAAAGAACUGAAGGAUAUCAAGGGGUGGUCCAAAGGUCAAAUCAAGGUCCUUGUCAAAAAGUACAAAGAAUCUCAAAAUGUCACAGCUAAUGGGUUGAAAAAUCUGGGUCUUCUGGUGUCUGGUCUUGAAGCAAAGACAUUUAGCAAGCUCAACGGCCGGGAUCUCCUGGAUUCUUUUUCUCAAAAGGAUGUGGCAAAGUCUCCAAAUGGCAUGUUGCCAGUGCAGAAGUCGUCGAUCAUGAAAGCGAUCUUGGACUCAGUGGAAAUUGAUUCAGUUCUGAAAUCGCUUCCUGAAUCACUGGUGUCACAGAUUCCAGUUGAAAAAUUGAAUCAGACUAAGAAUAUUAGUAUUGACUUCUUGAGCCAAGAUAAACCUUGGAACUUGGGUCAGUCUGUUGCUCUAAUUAAUCAGGUUAAAAGCCAACUCAAGAAACCCGAAGAUAUAAGUAAACUGAAGGCUGCUGUCAAAGGAAUUCCAUGCGACCACAUUGACACACUGGAACCUAACGCAGUGAAGGCCCUAGCAAACAACCCCCAUGUUUCCAGUUAUCAGAUUCGCUGUUCUGCUCGUAAGUUCUUUACAGCCAGGAAGGACGAUUACUUCAGCACCCUCACAGAGGAAGAUAUUAAUGAGUUCAUGGCUUCAUACUUGACUUUUGAGCCGAAUAUUGUGGAUUUGAAGAAAAUUCCACAGACUCUGUGUUCCAGUAUCGUUGAGCUGAUAGGCCAGGCUAAUAUGUCAAUGCUACCCAAAAAUUCGGAAAGAAGUAGAAGUCUUUUCAAGUACGCAAAGAAUUGCCUGAAUUUUGCUGCUUCCUCAUUGACUGAGGAGCAAGGCACCAACUUGGGAUCUCUGGUCUGUGAAUUCAGUUCUGAUGAGCUUAAAACGUUGAACAACUCCGUCUUCCUUGCAAUAAUUCCUCAACUGCGCCAAUGUGGACAAUUCAGUGAAGAGAAGAAAAAUACUCUCAGACCGACAAUCUUGUCAGCCUUUCCAUCUAUUUCAAACUGGACAGAGGAUGUAUUGAUUCAGUUAGGUGACUUGCUGACAGUUCUCAAACGUGAAGACUUUAAAACAAUUCCCAAUAAUGAUGACAUAAAAAUAGCCCUUGAGCAGAUCCUCUCCUCUCACAAGCCUGCCAAGAACAUUCCAUCUGAUCAAUUUUCUUCACUUUAUUGGAAGAUCUUCACUAUCACUGAAGGGCAAAAGUCCAACAUGAAGAAGCGAGCAGCAGGGUGUAAAGUGAUGAUCACCUUUGACAAGAUUGAAGCUCUCGGCGAAGCAAAUAAAGUGUGGACCGCGGAACAACUGCGUUGCAUUGCGGUGAAAGACUUUGUAGAUUCUCUGGACACACUGACUGCGGUCACAGGCUUCAGCAUUGAACAGCUGGAAGCUUUAAAGACAAGGGCCUUGGAGGUUUAUGACAUGAAUAUCACCAAUGAAGCGCUUGCUUCUUUAGAGAAGAUCACACUUGGCUUCAAAGAUGCGGAAGUCAAGAAGUAUUUCACUGAACCUGACAUUGAUACACUUGGUGCGAUUUCGGGAUACAGCAAUUGGGCCAGUAAAAAUUAUUCCUCACGAGCCAAAACUAUUUUGAAGAACUUUAUGAAUGGUCGUGCAUUCAGUGCACUAACGAGUACAGAUCUGGUUGGACUGGGUUACUUCCUUUGUGCCUCUUGUUCAGAUGAGAUCAAGGACAUUAACGCCACUGCCUACAGAUCUGCUGCCAGGGAUAUUGGGAGUAUAAUGUGUCCUGAGACAGAAACUCUCACUGCUUUGAAAGAAAAAGCAGUCCAGGCAUUUUCCAGUGUAGAAAAUUGGACUGGAGCACAGCUAUGGGAGAUAGGAGUCAUAGCAGCUGGAUUAAGUGCAAAAGAAGUACAAAAACUGAUGACAUCUGCAGUUUCGUUCCUGAGACCUGAAGCUGUCUCCAAAUUCCCUCCUAAAGUUUUCUCGAUGCAUCAUCAGUGA